UAUUAGUGCACACACCACAGAGGAAGAGACAACCACAGACAUGAGCUUCAGCACUGAGGAGAGGGGCAGACCGAACACCCAGGAGUACCGGGUGUUUUUCAAAAACUCUGAGGGGAAAUACAUUUCUCCCUUUCAUGAUAUUCCCAUCUACGCAAACGAAGCAGAGAACAUUUUUCACGCUGUUGUGGAAGUUCCAAGAUGGACGAAUGCAAAGAUGGAGAUUGCCACCAAAGACCCCCUCAAUCCACUGAAACAAGACAUGAAAAAAGGAAACCUUCGUUACGUCGCCAACGUGUUUCCACACAAAGGCUACAUCUGGAAUUAUGGAGCUAUUCCCCAGACAUGGGAAGACCCCAACCACAAGGACAGCGACACGGGAUGCUGUGGAGACAACGAUCCCAUCGACAUAUGUGACAUAGGAAACAAGGUGUGUUCUCGAGGAGAAAUAAUCAAAGUUAAGGUGUUGGGAACUCUAGCUUUGAUCGAUGAGGGUGAAACAGACUGGAAGGUCAUUGUGAUCAAUACUGAGGACCCAGAAGCUGCAGACUUUAACAAUAUCGACGAUGUGAGACGACUUAAGCCUGGAUACCUCGAGGCGACAGUCGAUUGGUUUAAAAGAUACAAAGUCCCUGACGGGAAACCCGAAAACCAGUUUGCCUUCAAUGGAGAGUUCAAGGACAGGGACUUUGCCAUCAAAACGGUGAAGGACACUCAUGAAUUUUGGAAGGCUCUCAUUUCUAAAACCACAAGUGCUGGCGAGUUGAACUGCAUGAACACCAGCGUCUCUGACAGCCCGUUCUGCUGCUCUGCCGCGGACGCUGAGGCUGUACUUAAAUCCGAACCUGCUCUUGGAGCUGAAAGUCCCAUUCCAAGCUCAGUUGACAAAUGGUUCUACUAUGAGAAGUAGGAAAGUUCAACGUCGUUGGAGGGAUGAAGGCUUGAAUUCUGCUUCCUUCGCUCUUCUUCAUCAAACUCAGAAGAUUGGAUGUAUAUUUCACAAGUCGCAUUC